AUUUUGUAUUUUAAAAACUUUUGAAUCAGAACAUGUUCUCCCGCGGUAUUCUUAACAAACCUGCACGAAAGCACUGUGACCAUGAACUUCGAAGUCCUUGAAAGCAGUGUCCAAGGCCACUCACUUGUCGCGGACCGUCAUUUCAAGCCCGGCGAAUUAGUGAUCCAUGAACCAGUUCUCUUCAGCAUUGCUACUGACCGACUGGGAGGCGCGAUCAACAGUCGGGCUGAUGCAAUGCUGAGUAUGCAGCAGUUGAGCCCCGAGGUGUUUCAAGAAGCCUUUGAGAGUGCACGUUUGAGCCAGGAUCAGCUCCAAUCAUACAGCAGCCUCCAGGGCAGUUCGGAUCUCAAUCGAUUCCAGAUUAUGAGCUACGACAUGUGCGCCGAAUGGUCGCAGACGCCAGAGGCCUUCGGCUACGGAGAGAAGGGCGCCUACCUAAACCACUCUUGCGAGUCGAAUUUGAUCUACUACUGGAAUCCGCAAGAAGAACAAAUGCAACUGAGAGCUCUAGCUGAGAUAUCUCCUUCUGAAGAGCUGACUGUCAACUACCUUGCCCCUGAAGUCUGGAUGGACAAGGCAGAACGACAAGGAGACCUGAAGCAUCUCCUCAAACUCGACCAAUGUGAGUGCCGCAAAUGCACAGGAGCGACUUCAGAUGUCAGCGACGCCCGGAUCAGGCACAUCAAUGAAAUGGAACAAAAUCUUGCGACCGUUGUCCGUGGUGGACACACACUCGAGGAUGUUUCAAAGCUCACAGAGAGCUUUGUUCAGCAAUGCGAGCUGGAGUUGGGUGGUAAGGCGACGCCGGAAUCGACAUUUCCUGUUUAUUUGGAUCCUCGCCUCAUCAACGUAUACCGCUUGGCUUCCGCCGCGCUGGACCUAGCAGGCCUCACGCAAGAGGCCACAUCACUGCGAGGGAAGGCUGAUUAUGUGGCCGAGGCGUGCUUUGGAAAGGAUAACAGCAAUGUCUUGCAACACGAGGCCAGGUUUAUGCGACGGCUGGGAUUGACUACAUAAGCUGGUGAAGGUAAACCGCAGAGCAUACCAGAGGAGGAAUCUGUCCGGCGCUAGCUCCCCCCAAAGGAGCUCGUCGACCUUUAUCCAAUAUUCCGAUAUAGCACUCAUAGAUUUAGCACUCAUAGAUUCACCAUAGACAGAUAAGCAGGCUGGAAGCUUCGGCAUACAUACGUCUCUUGUCUUUCAUCCCCCUUCGCGUAGCUGAGACUUUAACACGAUCCCGGUCUCCCCACUUAUUAGUACUUAAUAACUUGGAAUGAGUUCUUGUGCUGAUACUAUCGCUUAGAG